CGUUGAUGAUCAGAUUGCAGACUCAACAUAUUGUUAGAUAUCAAAGUCCAACCGAAACGAAAGGAUCAUAAAUAGAUUUUUUAAUUUAAUUUGUAUACAAUGAUUUCUCAAAGUAUUCGUCAAGGAUUAGUUAAAACAAACAUCAGUCAGGGAUUUUUAAUAUGUCAAUAUAAUGCAGGAUUGAGAUAUUAUUCUAAUGCAUCAUCACGAAAAAACUUUAAAACGACUAUACCUAAAAACAUCGUUCUUGUGGAUGGUGUAAGAACUCCGUUCUUGGUUUCAGGUACAAGUUAUGCGAAACUGAUGCCUUAUGAAUUGGCCAGGCACUCCAUGUUGAAUUUGUUACGAAAAACUAACAUAGAUAAGGAAUUGAUAGAAUAUAUUGUUUAUGGAUCGGUAAUACAGGAAGUGAAAACUUCCAACGUAGCGCGAGAAGCAUCACUCGCUGCAGGCUUUAGCCAGAAAACUCCAGCCCACACAGUGACAAUGGCAUGCAUAAGUUCGAACGCGGCAAUCACAACCGCUAUGGGACUGAUAUCAGCUAAUGCUCAUGAUGCCAUAUUAGCAGGUGGAGUGGAAUUUAUGUCAGAUGUUCCUAUUCGACAUUCUCGGCAAAUGCGGGCGUUAAUGCUACAAGCAAAUAAAGCGAAAACGUUAGGACAGAAAUUAGGCCUACUUUCCAAAAUAAGAUUAAGUCACUUUAUACCAGAAUUGCCAGCGGUAAGUGAAUUUUCUUCUGGGGAAACGAUGGGUCAUUCAGCAGACCGUUUGGCUGCUUCUUUUAAAGUCACACGUGAAGAACAAGAUGAGUAUGCACUUCGAUCUCACUCGUUAGCAAAAAAGGCUGAGGAAAGUGGCUAUUUCACAGACUUAAUACCAUUUCAAGUAAAUGGAAUUAAUAAAAUUGUUGAUAAAGAUAAUGGCAUAAGAGUUUCAACACCUGAAAGUCUUAAAAAACUUAAGCCAGCUUUUGUUAAGCCAUAUGGCACAAUCACUGCAGCCAACGCCUCAUAUUUGACGGACGGAGCAUCGGCAUGUCUUGUAAUGAGCGAAGAGAAAGCUAAACAAUUAAAAUUAAAACCUAAAGCUUACUUACGUGAUUUUGUGUAUGUCUCGCAGGAUCCAAUUGAUCAACUCCUAUUAGGUCCGGCUUAUGGAAUUCCCAAAUUACUAAAUAAGACUGGCUUAUCACUUAAAGACAUUGAUUCUUGGGAAAUACAUGAAGCAUUUGCGGGUCAAAUUCUUGCUAAUAUCAAAGCCUUAGAAUCAGAUUGGUUUUGUAAGAAUUAUAUUGGCUUACCUGAAAAAUUUGGAAGUCCUGAUUUAAGCAAAUGGAAUAAUUGGGGAGGUUCACUAUCAAUUGGUCACCCAUUUGCUGCAACUGGAGUUCGUCUUUGUAUGCAUACUGCUAACCGUUUAGUGCGUGAGGACGGCAGUUUAGGUGUGGUUGCAGCUUGUGCAGCCGGUGGACAGGGUGUGGCAAUGCUACUAGAACGACAUCCGGACGCAACAGCUAACUGAUAUUUUGAGUUAUAUGUGUAUAUUUAGCUACUGAAAAAAUUGAAACAUUGAACUAAGUUAAUCUGCAUUUUCUUAUUUUUUAAUAGAAAUUUUAAAAUAUUUGUGAUUAAAAGCAAAUUAAAUACAUCCAUAAUUGUUUAUA